GACGAUGACGCAAGUGGUCUCCCUACAAAAGCCCCUUUGGGGUGGGUAGUGAGGACACCGUCGGAGUGGUCUACAUAUCUUUCCUCUUCAGGCGGCUCCACAGGGAAACAGAUACAUUAAGCCAAGCGGUGGGUUCCAGGCUAACACCACCAACCAUGCUGCAGCUCACCGUGGUUCUGAUGUUAAUCGCUUCAGUAACAGAGACUUUCCCCGCUAGCAGCCUCAGAUACUCCCACUAUACCCAAGGGGAGAGUCCAGACAAUGCAAUGCUAAAAGUCUUGAGAGAUGUAUCCACUGCAUCAACAGAGGGCCCACCCCCUGACAAACUUCCUGCUCUUCUACCCUAUGACGUAGACAAUCCACUGCUAGAGGCGGAACUACCCAGAAGGGUGUGGUGGUGGUGGUACCCAGCGAAGCCCCAACCACAAAACAGGAUUCGUCAGAAUCGAGCAUGGAGGUCCUCAUACAACCAUAACUCCUUCGGCCUACGUUAUGGAAAAUGAUUAUAAAAAGUUAUUACGUCUCUCAGUUAUGUACUUGAUUAUAUUUUGAACAGUGCCUGACAAUAUGAUGUAGGUAGAUAUAUUUAUGUGUAAAAAGCAGACAAAAUUCCAAGGCCUACACUUGAAAUAUUGCUAUAUCAUCUAUGACGAUUCAUGACAGCUAUUGAUGAAAUUACUUUAUAAUGACUUUAUCAUUUCUUGUUUACAACAGCCACUGUCAUGUGUUACCCAUAUGUGUGUGUGUUUUGCGACAUGUUUCCGUUCUGAUAUGUGAUAGUUUUAUGAAUGCAACUGGAAAUCAAAAAGAUGACACCAUUC